AUGCUGCUAGCGUGGCAGUCAGCGACUACAGCGAUGCUGCCAGCGUGGCAGUCAGCGAAGCAAGCGAUGCUGCUAGCGUGGCAGUCAGCGACUACAGCGAUGCUGCCAGCGUGGCAGUCGGCGACGCAAGCGAUGCUGCUAGCGUGGCAAUCGGUGGCGCGAGCAAUGCUGCUAGCGUGGCAGUCGGCGACGGAAGCGAUGCUGCUAGCGAGGCAGUCAGCGACUACAGCGAUGCUGCCAGCGUGGCAGUCGGUGGCGCGAGCAAUGCUGCUAGCUCGGUGGCGCGAGCAAUGCUGCCAGCGUAGCAGUCAGCAGCAAGCGAGCGGGGCUGUCGGCGGCUACACCGAUGCUGCCAGCGUGGCUGUCGGCAUCGCGAGUGAUGCUUCCAGCGUGGCAGUCGGCGACUUCAGCGGUGCUGCCCGCGUGGCAGUCGGUAACGCAAGCGAUGCUGCUAGCGUGGGAGUCGGUGGCGCGAGCGUGGCUGUCGUCGACUACACCGAUGCUGCCAGCGUUGCUGUCGGCAUCGCGAGUGAUGUUGCCAGCGUGGCAGUCGGCGACUACAGCAAUGCUGCUAGCGAGGCAGUCGGCGACACAAGCGAUGCUGCUAACGUGGCAGUUGGUGGCGCGAGCGUGGCUGUUGGCGGCUACACCGAUGCUGCCAGUUUGAAUGUCGGCAUCGCGAGUGAUGCUGCCAGCGUGGCAGUCAGCGACUACAGCGUUGCUGCAAGCGAGGCAGUCGGCGACACAAGCGAUGCUGCUAGCGUGGCAGUCGGUUGCGCGAGCGUGGCUGUCGUCGGUUACACCGAUGCUGCCGACGUGGCUGUCGGCAUCGCGAGUGAUGCUGCCAGCGUGGCAGUGGGCGACUACAGCUAUACUGCCAGCGUAGCAGUCAGCAACGCAAGCGAUGCUGCUAGCGCGGCAGUCGGUGGCGCGAGCGGGGCUGUCGGCGGCUACACCGAUGCUGCCAGCGUAGCUGUCGGCAUCGCGAGUGAUGCUUCCAGCGUGGCAGUCGGCGACUUCAGCGGUGCUGCCCGCGUGGCAAUCGGUAACGCAAGCGAUGCUGCUAGCGUGGCAGUCGGUGGCGCGAGCGGGGCUGUUGGCGGCUAUACCGAUGCUGACGGCGUGGCAGUCGGCGACUACAGCGAUGCUGCCAGCGUGGCAGUCGGUAACGCAAGCGAUGCUGCUAGCGUGGCAGUCGGUGGCGCGAGCGGGGCUGUUGGCGGCUACACCGAUGCUGCCGGGGUGGCAGUCGGCUACUACAGCGAUGCUGCCAGCGUGGCAGUCGGUAACGCAAGCGAUGCUGCCAGCGUGGCAGUCGGUGGCGCGAGCAAUACUGCUAGCGUGGCAGUCAGCGACGCGAGCGAUGCUGCUAGCGUGGCAGUCAGCGACUACAGCGAUGCUGCCAGCGUGGCAGUCGACAACUACAGCGAUGCUGCCAGCGUGGCUGUCGGCGACGCAAGCGGUGCUGCCAGCGUGGCAUUCGGCGACGCGAACGUAGUUGUCGGCAACGCAAGCGAUGCUGCUAGCGUGGCAGUCGGUUGCGCGAGCGUGGCUGUCCCCGGCUACACCGAUGCUGCCAGCGUGGCAGUCGGCGACUACAGCGAUGCUGCCAGCGUGGCAGUCGGCAACUACAGCGAUGCUGCCAGUGUGGCAGUCGGCGACGCAAGCGAUGCUGCUAGCGUGGCAGUCGGUCGCGCGAGCAAUGCUGCUAGCGUGGCUGUCGGCAACGCAAGCGAUGCUGCUAGCGUGGCAGUCGGUGGCGCGAGCGUGGCUGUCGGCGGCUACACCGAUGCUGCCAGUUUGGCUGUCGGCAUCGCGAGUGACUGCCAGCGUGGCAGUCAGCGACUUAGGCGCGUGGCAGUCGGCGACUUCAGCGGUGCUGCCAGCGUGGCAGUCGGCGACUACAGCGAUGCUACCAGCGUGGCAGUCGGUAACGCAAGCGAUGCUGCCAGCGUGGCAUUCGGCGACGCGAGCGUAGCUGUCGGCAACGCAAACGAUGCUGCUAGCGUGGCAGUCGGUUGCGCGAGCGUGGCUGUCCCCGGCUACACCGAUGCUGCCAGCGUGGCUGUCGGCAUCGCGAGUGAUGCUGCCAGCGUGGCAGUCGGCGACUACAGCGAUGCUGCCAGCGUGGCAGUCGGCAACUACAGCGAUGCUGCCAGUGUGCCAGUCGGCGACGCAAGCGAUGCUGCUAGCGUGGCAGUCGGUCGCGCGAGCAAUGCUGCUAGCGUGGCUGUCAGCAACGCAAGCGAUGCUGCUAGCGUGGCAGUCGGUGGCGCGAGCGUGGCUGUCGGCGGCUACACCGAUGCUGCCAGUUUGGCUGUCGGCAUCACGAGUGAUGCUGCCAGCGUGGCAGUCAGCGACUUAGGCGGUGCUGCCAGCGUGGCAUUCGGCGACGCGAGCGUGGCUGUCGGCAACGCAAGCGAUGCUGCUAGCGUGGCAGUCGGUGGCGCGAGCAAUGCUGCUAGCGUGGCAGUCAGCGACGCAAGCGAUGCUGCUAGCGUCGCAGUCGGCGACUACAGCGAUGCUGCCAGCGUGGCAGUCGGCGACGCAAGCGAUUCUGUCGGCGGCUACGACGAUGCUGCCAGCGUGGCAGUCGGCAUCGCAAGUGAUGCUGCUAGCGUGGCAGUCGGUGAGGCGAGCGGGCCUGUCGGCGGCUAUACCGAUCCUGCCGGCGUGGCAGUCGGCGACUGCAGCGAUGCUGCCAGCGCGGAAGUCGGUAACGCAAGCGAUUCUGCUAACGUGGCAGUCGGUGGCACGAGCAAUGCUGCUAGCGUGGCAGUCAGCGACGCAAGCGAUGCUGCUAGCGUGGCAGUUAGCGACUACAGCGAUGCUGCCAGCGUGGCAGUCGGCGACGCAAGCGAUGCUGCUAGCGUGGCAGUCGGUGGCGCAAGCGAUGCUGCUAGCAUGGCAGUCGGCGACGGAAGCGAUGCUGCUAGCGAGGCAGUCAGCGACUACAGCGAUGCUGCCAGCGUGGCAGUCGGUGGCGCGAGCGAUGCUGCUAGCCGUAGCAGUCAGCAGCAAGCGAGCGGGGCUGUCGGCGGCUACACCGAUGCUGCCAGCGUGGCUGUCGGCAUCGCGAGUGAUGCUUCCAGCGUGGCAGUCGGCGACUUCAGCGGUUCUGCCCGCGUGGCAGUCGGUAACGCAAGCGAUGCUGCUAGCGUGGGAGUCGGUGGCGCGAGCGUGGCUGUCGUCGACUACACCGAUGCUGCCAGCGUUGCUGUCGGCAUCGCGAGUGAUGUUGCCAGCGUGGCAGUCGGCGACUACAGCAAUGCUGCUAGCGAGGCAGUCGGCGACACAAGCGAUGCUGCUAACGUGGCAGUUGGUGGCGCGAGCGUGGCUGUUGGCGGCUACACCGAUGCUGCCAGUUUGAAUGUCGGCAUCGCGAGUGAUUCUGCCAGCGUGGCAGUCAGCGACUACAGCGUUGCUGCAAGCGAGGCAGUCGGCGACACAAGCGAUGCUGCUAGCGUGGCAGUCGGUUGCGCGAGCGUGGCUGUCGUCGGUUACACCGAUGCUGCCAACGUGGCUGUCGGCAUCGCGAGUGAUGCUGCCAGCGUGGCAGUGGGCGACUACAGCUAUACUGCCAGCGUAGCAGUCAGCAACGCAAGCGAUGCUGCUAGCGCGGCAGUCGGUGGCGCGAGCGGGACUGUCGGCGGCUACACCGAUGCUGCCAGCGUGGCUGUCGGCAUCGCGAGUGAUGCUUCCAGCGUGGCAGUCGGCGACUUCAGCGGUGCUGCCCGCGUGGCAAUCGGUAACGCAAGCGAUGCUGCUAGCGUGGCAGUCGGUGGCGCGAGCGGGGCUGUCAGCGACGCAAGCGAUGCUGCUAACGUGGCAGUCAGCGACUACAGAGAUGCUGCCAGCGUGGCAGUCGGCGACUACAGCGAUGCUGCCAGCGAGGCAGUCGGCGACACAAGCGAUGCUGCUAGCGUGGGAGUCGGUGGCGCGAGCGUGGCUGUCGUCGGCUACACCGAUGCUGCCAGCGGGGCUGUCGGCAUCGCGAGUGAUGUUUCCAGCGUGGCAGUCGGCGACUACAGCAAUGCUGCCAGCGAGACAGUCGGCAUCGCAAGUGAUGCUGCCAGCGUGGCAGUCGGAAUCGCAAGUGAUGCAGCCAGCGUGGCAGUCCACGACUACAGCGAUGCUGCCAGCGAGGCAGUCGGCGACACAAGCGAUGCUGCUAGCGUGGGAGUCGGUUGCGCGAGCGUGGCUGUCGUCGGUUACACCGAUGCUGCCAACGUGGCUGUCGGCAUCGCGAGUGAUGCUGCCAGCGUGGCAGUGGGCGACUACAGCUAUACUGCCAGCGUAGCAGUCAGCAACGCAAGCGAUGCUGCUAGCGCGGCAGUCGGUGGCGCGAGCGGGACUGUCGGCGGCUACACCGAUGCUGCCAGCGUGGCUGUCGGCAUCGCGAGUGAUGCUUCCAGCGUGGCAGUCGGCGACUUCAGCGGUGCUGCCCGCGUGGCAAUCGGUAACGCAAGCGAUGCUGCUAGCGUGGCAGUCGGUGGCGCGAGCGGGGCUGUCAGCGACGCAAGCGAUGCUGCUAACGUGGCAGUCAGCGACUACAGAGAUGCUGCCAGCGUGGCAGUCGGCGACUACAGCGAUGCUGCCAGCGAGGCAGUCGGCGACACAAGCGAUGCUGCUAGCGUGGGAGUCGGUGGCGCGAGCGUGGCUGUCGUCGGCUACACCGAUGCUGCCAGCGGGGCUGUCGGCAUCGCGAGUGAUGUUUCCAGCGUGGCAGUCGGCGACUACAGCAAUGCUGCCAGCGAGACAGUCGGCAUCGCAAGUGAUGCUGCCAGCGUGGCAGUCGGAAUCGCAAGUGAUGCAGCCAGCGUGGCAGUCCACGACUACAGCGAUGCUGCCAGCGAGGCAGUCGGCGACACAAGCGAUGCUGCUAGCGUGGGAGUCGGUGGCGCGAGCGUGGCUGUCCCCGGCUACACCGAUGCUGCCAGCGUGGCAGUCGGAAUCGCAAGUGAUGCAGCCAGCGUGGCAGUCCACGACUACAGCGAUGCUGCCAGCGAGGCAGUCGGCGACACAAGCGAUGCUGCUAGCGUGGGAGUCGGUGGCGCGAGCGUGGCUGUCGUCGGCUACAUCGAUGCUGGCAGCGUGGCUGUCGGCAUCGCGAGUGAUGUUGCCAGCGUGGCAGUCGGCGACUACAGCAAUGCUGCCAGGGAGGCAGUCGGCGACACAAGCGAUGCUGCUAAUGUGGCAGUCGGUGGCGCGAGCAAUGCUGCUAGCGUGGCAGUCAGCGACUACAGCGAUGCUGCCAGCGUGGCAGUCGGCGACGCAAGCGAUGCUGCUAACUUGGCAGUCGGUGGCACGAGCAAUGCUGCUAGCGUGGCAGUCAGCGACGCAAGUGAUGCUGCUAGCGUGGCAGUCGGUGAGGCGAGCGGGCCUGUCGGCGGCUAUACCGAUCCUGCCGGCGUGGCAGUCGGCGACUGCAGCGAUGCUGCCAGCGCGGAAGUCGGUAACGCAAGCGAUUCUGCUAACGUGGCAGUCGGUGGCACGAGCAAUGCUGCUAGCGUGGCAGUCAGCGACGCAAGCGAUGCUGCUAGCGUGGCAGUCAGCGACUACAGCGAUGCUGCCAGCGUGGCAGUCGGCGACGCAAGCGAUGCUGCUAGCGUGGCAAUCGGUGGCGCGAGCAAUGCUGCUAGCGUGGCAGUCGGCGACGGAAGCGAUGCUGCUAGCGAGGCAGUCAGCGACUACAGCGAUGCUGCCAGCGUGGCAGUCGGUGGCGCGAGCAAUGCUGCUAGCGUGGCAGGCAGCGACGCAAGCGAUGCUGCCAGCGUAGCAGUCAGCGACAAAAGCGAAGCUUCUAGCGUGGCAGUCGGUGGCGCGAGCAAUGCUGCCAGCGUAGCAGUCAGCAGCAAGCGAGCGGGGCUGUCGGCGGCUACACCGAUGCUGCCAGCGUGGCUGUCGGCAUCGCGAGUGAUGCUUCCAGCGUGGCAGUCGGCGACUUCAGCGGUGCUGCCCGCGUGGCAGUCGGUAACGCAAGCGAUGCUGCUAGCGUGGGAGUCGGUGGCGCGAGCGUGGCUGUCGUCGACUACACCGAUGCUGCCAGCGUUGCUGUCGGCAUCGCGAGUGAUGUUGCCAGCGUGGCAGUCGGCGACUACAGCAAUGCUGCUAGCGAGGCAGUCGGCGACACAAGCGAUGCUGCUAACGUGGCAGUUGGUGGCGCGAGCGUGGCUGUUGGCGGCUACACCGAUGCUGCCAGUUUGA